UUAAAAAAAAAAAUGAGCUUCCAAUAAACCUGUCUUUGAUUUUCAACCCCUUCCACUCCAGAAUCCUUAAUCCAAUCCAAGCAAAUUGAUAACCCAAAAAUCAGGGGUCUUUCAUUUCAACUCUUGACCUUUUUUUUUUUUCUUUCAUCAUCCAUUUUUUCCUCAAACCAAUCCUUUCUUUUCAGUAUAUAUUUUUCCUCAAGAAUCAUCCUCUCUCUCUCUCUCUCUCUCUCUCAUUUUUCAUUUUAAUUUACAGAAGUAGCAGUAGAAAUAUCCGUGUUCUGUUUUUGUUUUUUUGUUUUGGUUUUGUGUGUGUGUGGUUGUGUUUUUCUUUUUUGUUCUUUUGUUUCUUGUUUUUGUGCUUUCCUUUUCUCUGAGGUUGGGUUGUCUGUAAAUUCAACCUUUUCAAGAAUCCAUUUGGGAAAAGAUUCAUAGUUUUUUCUUUUUUAAAAUCAGAUUUGGAGAAAGUUUCAUGGCAUUUAGAUUCAUGGGUUUUCUCUGAUAUUUAGUCUUCUUAAUUUUUUUCUUUCUUUUCUAUCAAAUCCUUAGGUACCCAUUUCCAAAAGAAUCAAAAUUUCAGAAUUUGAUCAUCAAAUUUUCAAAAAUUGACCAUUUCAUGGUUUGAACACACUGGGGAUUUCGAAUUUGACACCACCUCUCUCUCUCUCUCUUCUUGAUCCAUCACCAUAACCUCAUACAAUGUAUGGAACUGAGGGCGGAAUAGACAUGGCCUUAGAAUUUCAGUCCCAUAUCCCCAUUUUGAGGCCAAGCAUUCAUGCCAGGAGGGCAAACCUAACUGUAAAGUUUCAAGAUCUUUAUGGGUUCACAGUAGAAGGAAAUGUUGAUGAUGUUAAUGUAUUGAAUGAGGUUAGAGAGAAGGUGAGGCAACAGGGUAGGGUUUGGUGGGCUUUGGAGGCCAGCAAAGGGGCCAAUUGGUAUUUGCAGACUCAAAUUUCAUCAACCCUUAAAUCUUCCCUUACAUUUUCAGCUUUAGGUAAUGCAGUUACCCUCAAGAAGCUCAUCAGGAAGGGGAUUCCGCCGGUUUUACGGCCUAAGGUCUGGUUUUCGCUCUCUGGGGCGGCUAAGAAGAAGUCCACGGUUCCAGAGACCUAUUACAAUGACUUGACCAAGGCUGUUGAGGGUAAGGUCACACCGGCAACGCUGCAGAUCGAUCAU